GUAACAACUAUUACAAGUCCGAUUUAACAAUUUUUUCAAAUUAUUAAUUGAAGAGUUUAUAACUGCGGAAACAAAAGCAUAUCCGAAUCAAAUAUGGCUCAUGUGCUUAUAUUUCCUCUGCCUCUCCAAGGCCCCAUCAACGGCAUGCUCAGACUCGCCGAGAUUCUGUGCCUCCAACACAUCAACAUCACAUUCAUCAUCACUCAACACAUCCACCGCCGCCUCCUCCAUUCCUCCGACAUUCAAGUAAAGUAUCACGACACCUUCCACUUCCAAACCGUUCCCGAUGGCCUGCCCGAAGAGCACCCGAGAACCAUUUUUGAGUUCUCGGAGCUCAUGCAAUCCCUGGGGGCCGUGGCCCCCUCCAUUUUGCGCAAGAUGCUGACGUCUACUGAUGCCGGAAAGCAGGUGAGCUGCAUCAUUGCUGACGGCCUUCUGACUUUUGCUACUGAUAUAGCUGCUGAGAUUGGAAUCCCACUCUUGUAUUUCGAUACCAUCAGCCCCUCUGCGAUUUGGACCUACAUGUGUCUGCCUAAACUCAUUCAGGCUGGGGAGCUUCCUUUCAAAGACGACAACCUAGACGAGACUAUUAGAAACAUCCGUGGCAUGGAAGGCAUUAUGAGACGCCGCGACCUUCCCGACUUCUGCCGCACUAUGAACUUCAAGGAUCCUCAGGUCGAUCUAGUUUUAAAGCAGGUCCAUCACAUGCCCAUUUCUCAAGGGCUCAUCCUGAACACUUUCCAACACCUAGACGCAUUAGUCUUAUUUCAAAUGCUCAAACUAUGCCCAAACAUCUACGCCAUUGGCCCCCUCCACACACACCUUCAAUCAAGCGACAUCAUCUCCUCCAGCAUUUGGCAAGAAGAUAGGAGUUGUAUCUCUUGGCUCGACAAACAGCCCUCGAACUCUGUCGUGUAUGUCAGCAUCGGGAGCCUCUCAUUCAUGACAAAAGAUGAGUUCCUAGAGAUUCUACAUGGCUUGGUGAGCAGUGGAUCAAGAUUCUUGUGGGUUCGGAGACCCGGUUCGGAUCCUGUGUCGAAUGAGGAGAUUCCUACGAAGUUAUUGCGAGGUAUAAAGGACAGAGGGUGCACGGUGAGUUGGGCUCCGCAAAGGGAGGUGUUGGCUCAUCGGGCCGUUGGGGGGUUCUUGACUCACAGUGGAUGGAACUCGACUCUAGAAAGCAUAGUUGCUGGAAAACCGAUGAUUUGUUGGCCUCAUUACGUGGACCAACAAGUAAAUAGUAGGUAUGUGGGAGAGGUGUGGAGGCUGGGUUUGGACAUGAAAGAUAUUUGUGAUAGAGUUGUGGUGGAGAAGAUGGUGAGGGAGAUUAUGGAGUUGAAAAAGGAUACGUUCUUGGAAAGGGCUCGAGAAAUGGCGGACGCGGCCAGGUUGAGUGUAAGCGAAGGCGGCUCGUCCAACGCAGAUUUGGGUCGUUUGAUUAACGAUAUCAAGAAUAUGAAUUUGUGCACGAAAUCCAACUAAUGUGUGCAUAUUUUGGCCUAGUGAUAAAAUCUUAAUGUAACACCUGAUGUGAUUAUUAUCAUACAAUUGUGAAAUUGGAGUCAAAUAUUCUAUUGGAAGAGAUAGUUGGCAUCAUGGGUAAAACUCAAAUUUCAUUGUAUAAUUUUUGGGUUGUGUUUUUAGUACUUUAAGUAAGAUAAAGAAAUCUUAGAAUUUUACUACUAUUUUA